AUGACUAGAAAGAAGGUUAAACUUGCAUACAUUGCUAAUGAUUCUGCAAGAAAAGCAACCUUCAAGAAAAGGAAGAAGGGUCUAAUGAAGAAGGUAAGUGAGCUAAGCACCCUUUGUGGGAUUGAUGCUUGUGCAAUAAUCUAUAGCCCAUAUGACACUCAACCUGAGGUUUGGCCCUCUCCUUUGGGGGUCCAACGUGUGCUAAGUCAGUUCCAGAAAAUGCCUGAGAUGGAACAAAGCAAGAAGAUGGUGAAUCAAGAGAGUUUCCUUAGGCAGAGGAUCACAAAAGCCAGUGAGCAGCUCAAGAAACAGCGAAAGGACAACCGUGAGAAGGAAGUGACACAAGCCAUGUUCCAGUGUUUGACUGGGAAGAGCUUGCAAAACUUGAACAUGAUGGAUUUGAAUGACCUGGGAUGGAUGAUUGACCAAAACUUGAAGGAAAUUAACAAGAGGUUUGACACACUUAAACGUGAGACUAACUCCCAAGUGGCAGCAGUAUCUGUGGCAGGACCUAGUGGAGAGCAUCCAUCACAGAAGGCAGAAGUGCUGACUUUUGAGGUGAAUAAUGAUAACAUGCAGAGGCAGCAGUGGUUCAUGGAUUUGCUGAACCCACAACCACAAGAGCCUUUGGGAUUUGGUGGGCAUGAUGAGAUGUUGCUGCCAUUCGGGGAUAACAAUGAAAACCCUCUUUGGUCUAAUGCCUUUUUCCCUUGA